AAGGGCGGCGUGCGCGUGCGCGAACCAAGCGCGGGCUUUUCUGUAGUGGCGCUAUGGGCGAGGCCUACACGCCGGUGGAGGCUGCGCUGGGGACCGAGGAGAGCUUCCUCUCUCUGGCAGACAUCCUCAUGUCGCAAGAGAGGCUGCCGUGCCGCGCUGAGAUCAAACUACCUCGCCUCGCCACAGUCUUGGGUAAAGCGGCCAGUGCCGCCGCCGCCUCCUCAGACAACGCGCUCCCUGAGGGCUCAAAGCUGGAAAUCCCCCUCUGGCUGGCCAAAGGCUUAUAUGACAACAAACGGAGGAUCCUUUCUGUGGAAUUGCCAAAGAUUUACAAGGAGAGUUGGCGGACGGUGUUAAAUGCAGAUGCCAACGUGGUUGACCUGCAUAAAUUGGGGCCAUACUACUAUGGAUUUGGCUCCCAGCUGCUGAAUUUUGACAGUCCUGAAAAUACUGAACUAGCUCAGACUAUAUUGCAGACAUUUAUUGGCCGAUUCCGUCGCAUCAUGGACUCUUCCCAGAAUGCAUUCAAUGAGGACACGUCUGUGCUGGUGGCCCGUCUGGAUGAGUUGGAACGAGCCUUAUUUCAAGCAGGCCAGAAAGGACUUAAUGACUUCCAGUGCUGGGAAAAGGGUCAGGCCUCCCAGAUCACAGCAUCCAGCCUAAUCCAGAAUUACAAGAAGAGAAAAUUUUCUGACUUGGACAGCUGAGUGCAUGAAGGGCACAGUUGACACUUCCAUGGCAAGAGACAAAAGAGGAAAUGAUGUUCAUCUUAUGAAUUGAAAAUCUCCCUGGUAACAUCUUGAGAUUGAACUAGAGCAUAUUUCUGAGGAAUGUUGGCUAACACUGUGUGGCCUGAAGCCGUCCACGCACUCUUCUAAGAACGUACAAGAUUAUUCUGGGUUUGUAUCUGAAUGGAUACAAUCAUUUGGAACAAAUCUUAUUGGGCAAUAACUAACAUUUUAUUCAAUCUAAUGCAACUAUGUUUUAAUCUUUCAAGUGAUGACUCUAGAAAUGCAGGGCAAAAGGAUGAACAAUUCUCAGGCAAAUGAGUUUGCCCUCAGAAAUCAUCAUUGGAAUAUUUGUACAUAGUCUACCAGGUUAUUGCCUUUGCUUUUAUUUGCUAGAAAGGUGAUCUUUCUUAGGGAGAAAAGGCAGCUCCAAUAUAUUUCAAUGUGCCUCUUGGUGCCUGCCCGUUGCAAGACUUCCUGUCCAAGGGGCUUAGCUACUCUACUAAAUUUAGUGGGCAGCUUUCCCAGUCCUUUGAAAUGCAGUUUUCUGAAUGGAGUUGAGAUCUUUUAAUUGAGAAUUCUCAGCAUUCGCAAAACUGCUUCUCCCACAAUUUAUUGGAGGAAGCUGUUGCGCUUAAAUAGCUUAGGCUUUUAAUCUAAAUGACAUUUUAUCUUGCUUCCAUUGUGUAUUGCUUAUUUUGGUGGAGGGAGGGAUAAAUGUCCCACUCCCGCCCCCUAUUUCUCUGCCUUAGCUGCAGACUCAGCUUGACAAGCCAUGAGCCCCUCUGUACCAUCCCCGUGGCAUGGAUUUCCCUACUUUCCAGGAAAAUAUAUGCUCUCUUCAACAUCCUCGGUCUUGGGAAUCUUCAGGUUCCAGAUUUUGCAUUAUGGGUUCUGUUCCAUCCUUAACAGCAUAAUUUCAGUGUAGGUGAAAAUUAGUAAUCCCUUUUACAGUUUCCCUUUUACAAUUUGUUUAGCAUUGCAUUAUAAAUAAAACUGAUUUUAGCAAAAGCAA